ACAGAAUUAACCUUCAACUACUACUACUUAGAAUUUAUUCGUAGCUACGCUCGAUCUCUAUUCUACUGCCGUGCCCUCAAUAUCCCUUCCAUGUGUUGUGCGAUACUACUCUACUCCUAUAGCAGCUCCAUCCACCAAAGUCACUUGGCUCUUGGCUUUGUCUCGUUCCUUGCCAUAUUCGAAACUCACGACGUUGAGAACAUGCUUCCGAAACAUGACAUAUCCGCCACCACCCAAAUACACCCAAUACCAGGGACGCGCUACACUAGAAAACAUCACAAACAUCAUGCGAACCUCGUUCCGGUCCGUGGGGGAAACCAGGGAUCGCCCCUUUCGCACAGUGUCGGCGCAUCUCAUGUCUGAGCCCACUGUUCCGUAACCUGCCAAUUGUCUCUUGGUCGAGCCUUCGUGGCCCACCGCCAGGUUUCCCCAGUGAGUGAAAAUUUGUCAUGGCUAGGCCUGGUAAGCCACCAUGUAUCAUGGUGUUGUUGUGUGGAGAGGUCAUGUCCCGAGCCAAGGUGAAGCUACUGUCUUCUCUCAGACCCCUAGACCCUACUCUAUCUUUAGUCUCGUCACAUCUCAAGUCUUUCCAUCUGGAAUCCUCAUCUCAUCGUCGCUCUUGUUGUUGACGCCGGCGCUCAUCAAUCAUGACUGGGUGGUUGUAGCACGCGACAUGCCAGUUGUGACGCCUUACAUUCUUGUUACCCAUAGACUGGGCUUUUAUUCUCUUUCGAUCUCUUCUUCCUUUUAGUCUGCAGCAUAAUGGCUAUCUCAGACAGCAUUCAGACCUUGUCUGCUGCCUUUUCAUUUGGUAUCCUAUUGCAAACCGCAGUCUCUUCAUUUGUUAUUUAUCUAAGCGGUCAUGGUUCAACUAUAUUCCAAGACCGUCGGAGGCUGGUCCUCAUAACGUUCAUUCUAUCCUCUGCUCUGUGGGCGCAGAUUGGAUUUCUUAAUUUCUUGAUACCCUCCAGGAGCUCGAAUAUAUGUCAAGGGACUAUCGCGACAUCGACCUUCUUCGACCAAGCCGCACGAACGCUGAGCGGAUCCUUUCUCCUCUGGACUGUUGCGCAUGUGUCCAAGUCGUCGGCCGAGAAAUAUGGUCUCGGGUCUCUAAUCGGGGCGAGGGCGGUUAGUGGUAUUGUGUUUGUUGUAUUUACAAGGGCACAGUAUGCACCAUUGUGCGUGCCACGUUCCGAGGCACUGCCAGUAUCGAUUCUUGUUAUCGGUCUAGAUGCCAUCAUCCUCGGCCUCGUGGCGAUACGACUCUUCACCUUGGGGUUCUGCGGCAGCAGUAACGGAAUACAGUCGACAUCGAACAAAGAACAAGGCAAAGCCCUCGCUCUCUUCACAGCUGGAUUUGCCAUUUGGACUGGAACGAGCGUGACUCUGCACCUUGGGCUUUCCUCCAUCAUACUAUUGCUACGCACUGCCAUUCCCGCCACCGGCCUUGGUAUUCUCUUGACUAUCGCAGCGAUAUGGUCCGAAGCAUUACUAUCGCCGCGCGAAGCAGAAGGUGGGACUCCGGAAUCACAGUCACCGUUCAUCGCCCCGCCACGCCCCCGAUUCAACUCGACCAGUACUGGCGAUGGCUCUCCAAUGUCUAGUACUAGAGGGGCUACCAAUGGACGACUGUUUGUCGUGAACCCAUCGAGCACCCCCGGUGAUUCGCCACAGCUACAAAGUUAUCGGGAGGGGCCACAGUCCAAUUUCGGGAAUAUAAUGGUCAAUACUCGAUCUGUCGAUAUUGCCACCGGAGUUUUGUCAGCAGAAUCCCCCACCGAAAGGCGCUCACUUGGAACUUCCACCAAUAUUAUGGGCGGCGUGACUACUACCAUAUCAGCCCCACUUCCUGUCAUUCCGUCUAUUCAAAGAUCGAGACCUGUUUGGGAUGGCGAGGACCCGGAUGCGAAACAGAAGCGGUCUUUCUUCGGCCGCUCCAAGCAAUCCGCACAGUCAGGCCCGAGGAAACUCGCGAUUUCUCAGCCUAUAUUGAUUAACACGGAUGAACCUUCGGGCGCACCCUUAAGAAUGCAAACCGUGGAUCUUGCUACCGCAGCAGCUAACGAACGAGCUCGGCGUGAAGAGGCGGCCACUCAACGCAUUCUCGUGGCCACUCGCCCCGCCCCUGCACCACCGACCGGUUUGGAUCCUUCCGAAGCAUUGAAGAGAAGCAUCAGCACGGUCCGCAAGAAGCCCUCUGGAAACUAUCAAGACUUGAAAUACCAGACUUCUCAAAGCUCCGUGAGCUCGAAUGGAAGUUCUAGUUCUUCAAGCCUGUCUCCCGGUCGUAAAGACGUACGGAGGAGAUCUCCACGCCAGCUGAAUGGGUUUGAUAUUGACGAGAAGAGGCAAUACUACAAGCCUGCUAUUACCAAUACUUUACCGUCGAAUCCAAAGAUUAAGGACUUCCAACCUGUGCCCGAAAAGCGACAAACGAUCAUGUUCAUGAAGGACAUCGUCUAUGAUGACCCCGGACUGGUUGACUCAAUUAUCAAUGAGGUGCCGAACUUUUCAAAGAAACCUAAAGCUCCCAUGGACAGGUCCAAAUCCGUCGGUCUCGCCGCCAAACCUUCAAUCUUGCAUCGAGCGCGCCCAUACAAGAAGACUAGAGACUCGGAGGGUGUGUUCUUUCCAAGUGAGCCUUCGCCAAACCAUCGACGCAACAGAUCUAGCUCAUCGGUAUUGAGAGCUCCUCGCAUUGGAAGCCCAACCUUGCUGCCGCCGCUACCCGCGCCACCUGCGGAUCUUGCUCAGAUGCGUGGAUUGUUGAAGGAUCAUAUUCACAACAUGACAAAUGACGAAAAGGUUUCGAUGCUCUUCCCAAUGCCCCCAGUUGGUACAUUCAAAUCGCAACGCCGAUCAUCUGUUCCGUCGCUACCUAGCAGCGUGUCUGUGUUGUCUAUGUCUACCGCCGAUGCGCCUGAAGCCAUAAGCAAAGACGAGUUCGCCAGCCGUAGAUCGUCAAGGCGAUCAACUAUCAUUUCCAUAUUACCUGUCGAAACGAAGGGCAACCUUUCACCGAAAAAGCAUACACAGCAACUCAUACAACGAGAUACAUACAGAAGCGCCCUCAAUGCUACUGUUCCUGACGUAGGCAAUGAUGUUGUUCAAAUCAGAAAGUCUAAUAUCCCGUCUCAGAAAAUGUACUCCUCGUCUACAGAAAUGACCGAUAGCUCCGACGACAGCCAUGUGGUCAAAGAUGCCGACUGGUUGCAUGAGCCAUUACCUGCUCUCCCAAAGAGUUACACCGCCCAACGUGAUUCAUCCUCAAGCACCGCGGAUUCGCUCCUUAAAGACCACAAGUUCAUGUCGAUAAUGAUGGGUUAUGACCCUACCGAAGCCCCUACGACCAGAGCUGGCCCCACCUCGUUCCUCCACGACUCAUCGCAGACUUUCGGAACCGAAGGCUUCAAGACUCCCACCGUCAAAACCCCCACCACCGACACUUGGCACACACGUAUCGGUGACCAAAUCCCAGCGUUUUCGACUAGGCAGAACCACUCCCGUUCUAAAUCAGUGCCACCUACCCCUCUUAUUCUACGAACGGCAAAGAAUAAAGGCUCGUUUGCUCAAAAGCCGCUACCAGCUGUGGUGAUAGAUACACCUAACCGGGCCUUGCAAGAAAUCCAGGCCCAGUUAAAGCAGCUCGAGGAGCCUGAUAUGCUACCUUUCAUUCGCGAUAGGUCGUCUAGCCUUGGCGACGCUACCCAGGACCAGCGAGAUGAUCUUCUUGCUGAGAUGGAAAAGGAGGUUGGCGAGCAGGAGAACAGAUGGCAACGGCUUCAUGAGAACAUUGAUCGCGACUCCAAGAGUUCCGAGGAUUUCACUCCCUGGACUACGAGGCGCAACUCUGUUGCUUCUAUCACUUCAAUCAAUACUGUUUCCAUCAAGGAAGCUAGAAAGGCUCGAGUUAGGAGUAUUGUGGAGGCUGCCCAGAAUAUUGUUACUGUCACCAGCACGCGCAAUGGGGAGAUCGCAAAGCCAGGGUUGUGGAAAGACAAGUUGGAGGAGGCUCAAAAGUCAUAUGCUAAUAAUGCGCCAUCUUUCUCAAAUUCGCUCUCAACGGCAAAGGUUGUCACGGCUAAGCAAGCUUCUAUUAGAGCAGUAGUUGCUGGGGGCUGUGCUGUAGUUGCAAUCCCAUGUCCGAAUCAACGUACAGGUAGACCGCAUCUCUGGAAGCCUUGCUCUCCAAAGGCCGUACAGGUAGUUGGCCUCAUGUGGACUCUCCCUCAACAGCCUAUCCAGGUCCGCCCAUCCUCGUCCGAGCCUGCCGCCUUAUGUGUCAGACCAGCACAACGACGAACCAUCGAGCCUCUUUAUCUUGAAAGCUUGUAUAUGUGGCACAUGCCAACUCCUAGCCGUGUCCGUCCGACAACUGGACUCUGGCGCUCUAAGAACACACGACCGGCAAGUAUCGUAACCCGCCCAAAGACUCAAAAGCCCAUUCGGAAGUCCAGAGCAAUGACAUUUUUACCUGAUAUCGUCGAAAGCCCUAGCCCACUACCACACAAAAGGGAUACUUUAGGCAUAUUCCAGUUCCCGUGGGGGGAAAAGAGUGACCAGGCGGUGUACCAACCCGCGUUGCCUACUAUAUCUAACCUCCCACGUCUCAUGAUCCCAAACACACUCGGAUCCAACGAUUUUAACGAGGAGUACUCGUCGUCAUUUUUCGAUGACUACGACGACCAAGAUUACCACUCUGACUCUACCUCGCUCGAUGCCGACACUCCCAGAGACGAGGCCAGCGACGAUGGAUUCGAUGACUCUACCCUGUGGGAAAUCGCCAAUCUUCUAGAUUCGUCCGAUGUCCCCAGCAGACAUAGCCUGCUGCCACAGAUUAGAAUUAUUGAAGACUACGACGACUCUGACGACGAGGUUGUCCCAGCUGGCAGGGCGCCUGUUGUUAGAUUCAUGCCUAUUAUGCCUUUGAGCCCGAAUCCUAAGAGCCCGGGCCCAAAGAGCCCUAUGGAUAGUGAUCCAGAGGUACUUGCUCUUACCCCGCUUGGUGGAGCCCAGAUGCAAUUCCCAGCACCUCUCACUUCUUCAGUCGAGCCAGAAGCAUUCAUUACAGACAUUCGUCCGGAUGGUAGAUCUGCUUGGUGGGAUGGGAAAUCGCACCUUCCAAGCGGCCCAAGAGACACCGUUGCCUUCAAGAAGAAGCAGGCUCUAAAGGCUUCCGCUUCCAAGGCGACGUCUUACCUUUGGACACCGCCCAAGACUAAGGUAGCUGCCGUUUCGAGCGGGCUUUUCACCCUCGAUGCCUCCAAGGUCAGAGAUGUUACCACCCAAGAGCCUGCAGCUAUUGCCAUGUUCACCAAACCCCGCCCAAACACGGCUCCUCUACCAAUAAUCUCCUCAACCAAGCUGUGGUCUGAUAGCCGUCGCGUGUCUGUUUUCACGUUCGACUGGAUCUCUGAGUCUACUGUCCGCCCCACGAGCCCGUCCGUUGGCACUUCCUCGGGGAAUACUUCUCCAGGAAUGGUAACGGAGUCGGACGAUUACUCAGUGAGGACUGUCAGCACGAAGGCUUCCAGCCUUCAAAGCGAGCGAAAUGCUAUUGCUAUGGAUGUACCAUUCAUGCUGGUGGAAUCGUUUUCGGCCAAGGAAAUAAAGAAGACAAAGCCACGAUCGAGGCCGAUGAACGCUGCAACACCAGCAGAAUGGGAUGCCGCCUUGAAGGAGGCCAUCAAAGCAUCUGCCAUCCCGGCAAAGAAACUAGGGGCUACAAAGGAAAUGUGGGCGCAUGCGCUCGAGGAAGCUUUGCGAGCAUCAGCACAAAAGCCCGUCAAGGCGGUUCAAAGCCCAACCAAGAAGAGCCUUUGGUCGACUGCAAUUUCUCUUAUAAGACCAUCUGAGAAGUCUACACCUCUCUGGUCUGUACAAAAAUCACAGGGCGCAAGUAAGGUAGCAAGCAUUACUCCCGUCGCUGACCCAGCAUUCAAGAGGUCGUCGGUAAAGAUUUCCUCGGAGUUGCCAAAACUCGAUUCUACAAGCCUGUGGUCGGUGACGCAGCCGGCGGCUGCCACGGCUACGGUUCGUAGCUGGCUACACGAAGCUCCCCCGGUUUCUCAGGUUCAGUUGGUUGUGACUCAAUCUCUUCCCAUCAUGUGGGCGCCUCCCGCACAAUCGCCAUCGAGCCCCACUUCUUUUUCUUCGUCUAAAGACCUCUGGCAGCCUCGCGGCUCUCAAUCAGAACAACAAAAUCCAAAAAUGAUAAUAACGAGUAUUACUCCCACCAUUAGCCCAGCAUUCAAGAAGUCGUCGGCAAAGAUAACUACGGAGCUGCCAAAACUCAAUUCUACUGCCCUGUGGUCGGUCACCGAGUCCGUGGCUGCUACCGCCACCGUGCGUAGCUGGCUACACGACUCCGCCAUAGAGUCACCGGUCCAGCCGGCCGAGGUCCCUCAAGUUAUCAACACCGGGUUAUGGACGCCGCCGGCUCCAGCGCAACCCAAACCCGUUUCUACGUCUAAGGGUCUUUGGGAACCAUCUGCGCGCAUUCCGGCGCAGCGUUCAGCACCAAUUACGCUUUUUGCCGAGCCGAUCAGCGCGCCUUCACCUGCUACGGGGCGGAAAUCCAAGACGGUCGAUCUGGAGGAAUUGCCGGCGCUGGAGAGCUCGCAGCUUUGGAGCUUGGGGCGUGCAACUGUGCCGAAGGAGGAUAAGAUGAAGAAGAGGAGGGACUGGAUCCGUGAGAGGAGGACUAGCAAGGUCAACUUCAGGUACUAGUUGUUGGAGAAGGCAAAGGAGAAGGAGAACAUGUAGAAAAACCAUUUAGCGUCAGACAAAGGUUAACGUCCAUCUACACGUACCGAGAAACCAACUGUGCUGAGA